AUGACCGCUUCAGGAGUGACGCUGAGUAGCGCCAUUCGAAGACGCCCCAACUGCUUCAACUUGCUACAUCAGAUGGAGAUCUUAAUGCGAGAUGGCUUUUCUGGCGACAAAGCUUCCUUGGACGAUGCAUCCAGCGUGGCCGCUGCCUACCAAGUGGGCCGCACCGAAGCCGCGGCGGCCACUGCACUGUUGAAAUCAGUGAGUUCGUCCACCCGAACUAAGCUGAAGGAUUUGGUCAGGCUCGAGGCCGCAUUGCUGCAAACGACGUGGUCGCAAACAGAGCUCAACAUCCAGAAUGACAUGAACGCUCUGCGGGGAUGGGCCGACAAGUUCAAGCUCUUCGCAAGUCAGCAGGGUGGGCUCGAUUUGCAGUACCUCUCCACUCGCUUUCAGAAGGGGAAGGAUGCUGUGGCAAACUACAUGUCCCGGCGCCAUGUCUUUGGGAGCUACAAGAACCUUAUGCUGGCACAGGGUGAGAUUGUGGAGAAGCAAGCUGCGAGCUUCGAUGUGCAUGAGGUCUCGCUCAACUACUGCGACAACGUUCAUGGAAACGACCGGAGGAAGACCAGCCAACAGUGCCUUGCCCUCACUUGCGGGAUGCACCGAGAAUUCUCUCGUGCAAAAUGUGUCCUUGGCACUAUCCGCGAUAUCCAGAGGUCAAGAGUCUCUGAAUUGCAGAACCCCGAGGAAGAUCGGCCACUUGCGCCCCAUUGGCGUGUUCAACAACGCGGCGUCGAUGCGACUGGUGACAUCCUCUCCAAGCUACUGGAAGGUCUCGAGUUGCAGGAUUCCCGCCCAGUCCUAGUGGUGGAUUGUUUGCCCAAUCGGUUUGGAGAGUGGUCCAUUUCCUGCGCCAACAAGCAGCUGUCAGUGUUGGUGGAUGGAAGGGAGGGCCCGGCUUUCCACUACAUGGGGUUGUUUCUGGAAGAUGACGGCAAAACCAUGAGCAAGAACAGUGCCACCGUAGCGGGGAUGCUCAUGUCAAAGUGGAUUCCAGAUUUGGUCAAGAACAAAUACCUGGCCAGCCAUGCCUCCCAAGUGAAAGCUUUGGAGGACGCACUUGCGAAUGACCGGAACAUCGCAGCGGCUUUGCAAGGUUCUGUUGGGGAGGCUGGUACCAGUGCAGUGUGUGAGCCACCAUCCUCUACCCGUCCCACCGCCACCCCUUCUCGGACAGUUGCAAGCCCUGACUAUGACGGCUGCACAGUCCCCAACUUCGAGAAAAGUGUAACCGUGACCACCAAGCCCAUGGAUGAGUUCACCACUGGCCGAACGCUGCAUUGCAAAGCUGCCCUGCACAACUUGGAGCUACAUGUGGGCAAGGAUGUCAACGAUGAGUCCUUCUGGUUGAUCAACGACAGCGCAUCGAACCAAUCACUGUCGGCCCGAGAGCUCUUUGGGUUCAAUGUUGGUGGAUUCAGCGAGUUGACAACAGGAGAUGCCAGCACCACCGUGGAUCACAUCCCAUGGAUGAUCACGUCAGACCUUGAUGUGGUCGCGUUGGUGACCACCAGCGAUGGGAGCGCAAACAAAAAAUUGAUGACGGUCGCGGACGUUUUGUGCUUCGUAACCCGAACCCGCGGCAUCACUGACACAGAUGCUGGGCCUGUCGAAAGGCCAUUUCGCUUCAAAGUCACUCCCAAGAGCAAGGUCAAUUGCUUCAAGCCGAAGGCUGUCGAUGGAGAUCUCAUGAACGCCCGCUACAGCCAGUUUGGGGGUUGCUUCACAAACUUUGAGAAGCUGCCGAAGUCAUCCAAUUGCCAAGUGGUGUGGGAGGUGCGUCUUGACAAACCAAAACGAAGAUCAAGACCGGUUUUGCAUGUAAGUGUGGUUUCAUUGAGCUCCCAUGUUUCUGACAGUGGAUCAUUUGGUAUCGCUUAUACCCUGAAGGUCCGUGUGACGGAUGCAGUGCCAGCCGUUUUGCAACCGAUCAAGCCAAAAUAUUAUUGGCUGAGUGUGACCAGUGUACCUGCCAAGACGGCAGUCUUGCUCCAGUAG